GAGUGAAAAAACACCCUUAUUGUAAAAGUUGAAUUAGAGAUCCCUGGACUUAUUUGGGCUUUCAUUUUACCCUCUUCAACAUAUCAGCAAUUCAAGAUCAAUCAGGUUUUUGACUUUACGCACAUUUGGUGAGUUCUUCUCUCUAUUUGUCUUCACGCAAAGUGCCAACUUUGUAAUUGAUCCGGUGAAAUUGGGCUCUGUAAUUCUGUUUUUCUUGUAAAAUUGAAUUAUACACACAAUCCCACUUCUUAAUUCUUCAAAUUCUUAUCUGGGUACGUGUUUAAAUUGAUCACAUUUGGUUAAAUCAAUCUGGGUUUACAUUGCAUUGCAUUGAGUUUAUUUUGUAUGAUCCCACUACUUUAUCUUUACAUACGUCAAAUUUCCCAUCUGGGUAUGCUGAUUUCCUGUUACAUCUCAGCUAAUAAGCUGAAUCUGUUUUAUGAUGAAUAUAUAUGCUAAUAGUCCCAAGUCCUUCACUGCAUACCCUAGAGGUGAUUUUGAUUUAGAAUCAGGAACUGUCAAGGGACUCAGGAAGUCCAAAAAAUCCUCACUUAACCCCUUCAAAAUGAUCAAAUCUCUAGCUAACAGGAUACAGUAUUAUUACAAGCUGCACCCUCUUGUUAUGUUUGUCGUUUCCCUGUCUUUCGGAAUCACGAUUCUAGUUGUUUUAGCUCUGUAUGAGAGCAGAUAUCGAACAGCCAAUAGCUAUCCGAAGUUGGUUAUGGCUAAAAAUGACUACCCUUUUGCUAAGCUUAAGAAUCUUGUAAUGGUUGCUGGGCAUUCGGUGUACACCAGUAGUAGUUGCGAAAAAGUUGAUAAGGAGGAUUCAUGGUUUUUGGAGCCGUAUCAGAAGAAUCCUGGUCAGGCUGCUACUUUUGUUACACAUAUACAAGAGGGAGUUGAGAUUGUUGCUAAGGAUGAUGAAGCUUUACUUUUGUUUAGUGGGGGUGAGACUCGAAAAGAUGCUGGUCCACGCAGUGAAGCACAGAGUUAUUGGACUGUUGCUGAAUCUAAAGGAUGGUUUGGCAAUGGUGAAAGUGUCAGAUGGAGGGCAUUGACAGAAGAACAUGCAAGGGAUAGCUUUGAGAAUCUUCUGUUUAGCGUGUGCCGGUUCCGAGAACUUACGGGCACAUAUCCUCAAAAUAUAACUGUUGUAAGUUAUGAUUUUAAGAAAGACAGAUUUGCGAACUUGCAUCGCUCUGCGAUUGGCUUUCCAGAGUCGAGAUUCUUUUACUCUGGUACCCCAACUACAUCAACUUCCAAGGAACCUGCUUUAAAGGGUGAGGCAUUGGUGAAAGCUCAAUUUCUAGAUGAUCCAUAUGGAUGUCGAGGUUCACUUUGGCGUAAAAAGCUCGGCCGUGAUCCUUUUCAUCGAUCAAUACCUUAUCCUAAUGGCUGUCCUGAAAUUGAGGGCUUAUUCAGAUAUUGUGGAGCAGCAGUUUAUCCAGGUUUUCUUCCUUGGGUUCAGCAGUACUAACUUUUAUUUUUUCGUUUAAACCCAUGGUAUAGGUAUAGGACUAGAAAAAAAUAGAGAAUUGUCUUCUUUUCGGCAUGUUAAUUUUAUUUAUAAGAAACAUCAAUGUUUCCUUAUAUGAACAAUUGAGCUUAGGAAGACAAAAUCAUGGCAAACUUUGCAAUGGGAGAUGCCUGAAAUUGAUUUAGUUGUAGUGCUAAAUGAUAAAAAAGUUUCGAGCAAGUUACUCUCAAAUCCUUACAAUGUACUUCUCUUAUUUACAAAUCAAACAAUAUAGUUAUCCACUUUUAUUUUCGUUAA